AUGCUCUUCAAUGUCACGCGCAUUAAGUUCUUCAAUGUCACGCUCGUCAAGCUCUUCGGUGUCACGCACUUCGAUUCCUUCGUAGUCGCGCUCCUCCAUGUCCUCAAGGCCACGCUUGGGCUUGCUGUUCAUGGCCUUGAUGACAGUCACGCCGGUGGCGACGCCCAUGGCAGUGUUGACGAUUUUGAGAGUUCCAUCCCAGUUGUUGACAAUCUUAUCCUUGAGAUCUUUGGCAGCGGUCUUGACGGUUUCGACGACUUCUGA